AUGGGUGGCAACCGUAUUGGGCUUUCGACAUUUGCUGGUCCCAAGAAGAAGUACACGCAAGAGGAGCUCGAUGAAAUCUUCGACCCGCAAGAUUGGAAACAUGAGCUCAGCUAUGUGCAUAGCGACAGAGACGAUACGACCUAUGAGCAAGAGUACGGAAGUACUUUUGAGGAGAUGGUGAGUUCAUCGGAUGGGUUUCAGUCUCGAGAGGAGAUUGUACAAGACAUCAUGGCAAUUGCGGGAUCCGAGAGCUACGACGAUCUCAUGAAGGACGAAGGACUGCACGACGAUGAAAGCACUUCGGACGGCUCCUCGGAGGGGUCCAGCGCAAUAGGGAUCGACCUCAUAGCCCAGAAUACCAAGAGCUGUUUUUGCGACGGAGAAGACGUUGCAUCACACCUAGCAGAUCUUGGUCAGGCUACCGGUUCGAGCCUAGACAAAUUGAACGAUUUUCUAUGCGAAGAACUCGAGGUUGACGUUUUGGUUCAGGACAUGUCAAGGCUGAGAGAAGAGGUCCUCACAAAUGGCUUCGAGAAUUUGAACGUGAUUUCCCUCCUUCAAUAUAUGGUACUUGGCCCAAAGAUACAAACGAUUGUAUCUAUGGAAUCAGAAGAUUGCAAGGAGGAGGAGGAAGAUGAUGAUGAUGAUGAAGAUGACCAAGCUGAACCGUCCAUGUUUGGUGGCGAAAGAGAGCAUCCUGCAUUAACAUCUUGUUUUACAGACUGCAGCGAUCCAUAUGUGAAUCACGAAGAAGGGAUGGAAAUCCCAUAUACCUCAUGUUCUUUUGAGAAAGAGCCAGCAAGAAGAAGAACACGAUCAAAGGAAAAAAGAAAGAGUCUUCUCGCCAAGGUGCUCGCAAGAAGACAGUCGUCAAAGAUUAUACCGUUGCCGGAGCCGGAAGCACUCGUGGGGAGAGAGUUGUCAAAGAUUGAACCGUUGCAGGAGCCGGAAGCACCCGUGAGGAGGAAUUCGUCAAAGUCUCCAAGGAGAGACUCGUCGAAGCCUGCAAGCAGAGAAGCAUCAACUUCUCCGUUGCGAGGGCAGGAAUCAUUCGCGGAGAGAGUUUCGUCAAAGAUUUCGCCGUCGCCAAGGCCGGCAACAUUGGUGGAGAGGGUUUCGUCAAAGCUUUCGCCGUUGCCAAGGAGAGACUCGUCGAAACCUGCAAGCAGAGAAGCAUCAACUUCUCCGUUGCGAGGGCAGGAAUCAGUCGUGGAGAGAGUUUCGUCAAAGAUUUCGCCGUCGCCAACAAGGCCGGCAACAUUCGUGGAGAGGGUUUCGUCAAAGCUUUCGCCGUUGUCGGGUCCAGGAGCAUUCGUACGGUCUGCAUCGAAAAAGCUACUGAGACCGGGAGUUCUGCGACUAAAACUAAAUGAUGGCUCGAUGGCGACAGUCAGCGCGGAAACUGCUGCAAAGUUGGAAACAUGCAAUUGGGUGUGA